GACAGAAUAGUAAAAUAUUGCACAAUGACACCACAGAAUUUAUUUAUCGCGUUCAUUCGAUAUGUUUGGCUGUGUGUGUUCACUACGCGCUUUUUUAUUUUCUUUUAUCUUCGUAAGAGGUUAGACUCGCAAAUAUUGUUAAGACACUCCGGCGGUUUUACUUACAUUAAAUUGUCCAAUUUAAUCCGAUACAAUAUGAUCGAAACACCGAAUACAUUGCGCAAUAUUGAAAUAAAGGCGCGUAUUACGGAUAACACUGAGUUUGAGCGCAAAGUCAAAAUUGCCAAAAAACUAACAACAAACUAUUCGGUGAUUAAGCAGCGCGAUGUGUUUUUUAAUGUCACAACAGGUCGUUUGAAAUUGAGAUUUUUGGAGAAUACGAAAUCCCAACUCAUCCAAUACCAACGACCUGACGUCGAAGGACCAAAACUAUCACAAUUUACUAUUUUGCAAACUGAUGAGCCUGAGAAACUUUGUCAGAUGCUCACAGCCUGCAUCGGUAUCAAAGGCGAAGUGGUCAAAACGCGUCACCUAUUCAUCCACAAUCAAACUCGCAUACAUCUGGACGAAGUUAAAAAUUUAGGAACGUUUCUGGAGUUCGAGGUUUGUUUACAGCCCGAACAAACUAUCGAGUAUGGUACGGAGAUUGCAAACGAAAUGAUGAAUAUUUUUGAUAUUAGAAAGGAUGACAUGAUUCAAGGAGCUUACCUAGAUGAAUUGCUCAAAUAGCUCCAACAAUUCGAUGGUACAAUAAUAAAACUUUCACUUCACAACACU